AAUAGGAGUCGGGGAGAAAGCAGUAGGACUUUAAUCGUACCGGGGUUAAAUAGCACUCCGAAAUAUCAUCCCCCCCCCCAAGCAGUUGUGGUUUAAACUUUUUCAUUUAAGAUGGACGAGGAUAGAGGGAAAGCAAACGAUCAAAUGAAGUUAUGGAAAGAGGACCACAGCGUUAAGAGGCCAGACAACCUGACCACUGGGGCUGGUCACCCGAUAGGGGACAAGCUGAAUAUAAUAACAGCGGGUCCCCGGGGGCCCCUCCUAGUGCAGGACACCCCGUUCAUAGACGAGAUGGCCCACUUCGACCGCGAGCGCAUCCCAGAGAGGGUGGUACAUGCCAAGGGAGGCGGAGCUUUUGGGUACUUUGAGGUGACACAUGACAUCUCUCGCUACUGCAAGGCCAAGGUGUUUGAGCAUGUGGGCAAGACCACACCUGUGGCCAUUCGCUUCUCCACCGUGGCUGGGGAAUCGGGCUCAGCGGACACAGUGAGAGACCCACGUGGCUUUGCAGUCAAGUUCUACACUGACGAGGGCAACUGGGACCUUACUGGCAACAACACCCCCAUAUUCUUUAUCAGGGAUGCAAUGCUGUUCCCAUCCUUCAUCCACUCUCAGAAGCGCAACCCCCAGACUCACCUGAAGGACCCAGACAUGGUGUGGGACUUCUGGAGCCUGCGGCCUGAGUGUAUGCAUCAGGUGUCCUUCCUGUUCAGUGACCGUGGUCUGCCCGACGGCUUCCGCCACAUGAACGGCUACGGAUCCCACACCUUCAAGCUGGUGAACGCCGACAGUCAGCCCGUCUACUGCAAGUUCCACUACAAGACCAACCAGGGUAUCAAGAACAUGAAACCUGAGGACGCCGAGCGCCUGGCCUCCACCGACCCGGACUAUGCCAUUCGAGACCUUUACACCUCCAUCGCCAACGGCAAAUUCCCUUCCUGGUCAUUCUACAUCCAGAUCAUGACCUUUGACCAGGCCGAGAAGUUCCAGUGGAACCCCUUUGACCUGACCAAGGUGUGGUCUCACAAGGAGUACCCCCUCAUUCCGGUGGGGAGGUUGGUGCUCAACAGAAACCCUGCCAACUACUUUGCUGAGAUCGAGCAACUGGCCUUUGACCCCAGCAAUAUGCCCCCUGGCAUCGAGCCCAGCCCCGACAAGAUGCUGCAGGGGCGUCUGUUCUCCUACCCAGACACACACCGCCACCGGCUGGGAACCAACUACCUGCAGCUGCCCGUCAACUGCCCCUACAGAACCCGUGUGGCCAACUACCAGCGAGACGGGCCCAUGUGCAUGUUCGACAACCAGGCUGGCGCUCCCAACUACUUCCCCAACAGCUUCAGUGCUCCAGAGACCCAGCAACAGCACGUGGAGACCAGGUUUAAGGUGUCCCCAGAUGUGGGCCGCUACAACAGCGCUGACGACGAUGAUGUCACACAGGUGCGUACCUUCUUCACUGAGGUGCUGAAUGAGGAGGAGCGCCAGAGGCUCUGUCAGAACAUGGCUGGGGCCCUGAAGGGGGCCCAAGUCUUCAUCCAGAAACGCUGGAUUCAGAACCUGAUGGCUGUGCAUGCAGACUAUGGAAACGGGGUUCAGGCCCUACUCAACAACACUGAGCCCACGCAGGACACUGUGAGAGUGUACACUCGUGGCGGUGCCUCUGCCGUUGCUGCCUCCAAGAUGUGAUGCCUUAACUUCCACCUGGGGGCAGUUCUACCUGUUGCACUUACCAUCCGCUAUAGAAGAUCUUACUACAGGCUGUCAGUAAAUACUAUAGCUAAUUAAAUGGCAAACUAUCAUGAUUGUUUUUGUAAUUCCUCAGGCUACUUGCUGCACAGAUGACGAGAGACGGCAUUGCUGUCCGUCCUGUCCAUUUCUCCUAAGUUCACACAGAAAUUAAUAUGGUCAGACUGCAGCCCUAUGGGAGAAGAUCUGUCCACAUCAGUCAAAUACACUGGCGCUAUCUGAAAAGCCAUGCCUUUAUUCAGUUGUUUAUAGUAUAGUUUUCAUUCCAUUGUCCGUAGUGUUUCAUCUUUUUCCCAAUGACUUAUUGUUUGUGUAUCCAGGCCUCAUGUAUGCCCUGAUAGUUAGCUUAAUAAACAGGUAUGCGUUAGCUAGCCUAUAUGCACAAAAUAUGGCAUUUAAUCAAAAUUAAACAAACCACCAACGUUUUCAAAUAAGAUUCAUAAUUAUUUUAUAGUAUAUUCAGCUGUUUAAACUUCUGAGUUCUCUUAACAUUUUUCAGUGCUUAUGCCUACAUCAUAUUUCUUGGCUAUAUGAGAAAUGGUUUCAGGCCAUCGAUUAGUGCGAUUCACUAAAUGUUUUCUGUAGAUGCUCUGUACCAGAAUGAAUCACUGAAGAUAUGUCGUUUGAGUUUUGUCUGGGGAAUUAACAACCACCACUAUUUCCUGGGAAGAAAACUUAGUCGUUAUCUCUUCUCGCAAGCCUCCAGACUCGAUUGCUAUUUUGCGCCUUAUCGCUGUUAAUGUUUCUAUGUUAGGUAGCAUUCCUACUCAUAUCGCCUGUCUGAAGAAAAAUGAUUUGUUAUAUGAAUGUAAAAUUGUGAACUUUUUUUAACCACAAAAUGAGAUCGUAAUAAAUCAAAAGGUGAUGCUGUA